UAAAUAGAUAGCAGACAGGGCUUAAUGCAAUUUCGGAGAAGUCGGUUGACAUUUGUGUGUGACUUUGUUUGAUUUGAAUGUAACAGCCGAUGGAUCCAGCUCCAGCACCAGCUCCCAUGCAGAACAACUGCGAGACAGAAUAAUUGAGCUCACGUCACUUCAGUUCAGCUUCAUCACUCUUUGUUCUCCAGGUUGGAAAAUACAAAAAACAGGUCAGGUUCAAUCUGGAGCUGGUGGCCCUCCUGGCGUCCGACCUCCAUGUCCCUGUUGAAGACUACAGAGUCUAAAAUUCUUGCCUGUAUUAAGAAUGAUUUAUGGGCAAGGUUUGUGACCCUCCAGAACCAGGACCGAAUAUGGACUCUGUCUCUUACCAACAAGGGGACUCCCAAAUCUGCAGAGCAAGCACCUAAGACUCCCCUGGUAAUGGUUCAUGGCUUUGGAGGAGGGGUUGGACUGUGGAUCAGGAACCUAGAUGCACUGAGCCGCUCACGGACAGUCUACGCCUUCGACCUUUUGGGCUUUGGUAGGAGUUCGAGGCCUCCAUUCCCCUCAGAUCCUGCCAAGGCAGAGGAGCAGUUUGUCGACUCUAUUGAACAGUGGAGGCAGGCUGUUGGUCUGGAGAGCAUGAUUCUAUUAGGGCACAGCCUGGGGGGCUAUCUGGCUACCUCAUACGCAAUUCAACACCCUUCCAGAGUUUCUCACCUUAUCUUGGUGGACCCCUGGGGCUUCCCAGAGCGACCCAAACCAGAGAGCCAGCAGAGUCAGGAUCAAGGUUCUGAGGUGGUAAAGAGGCCCGGCCCUCCCCGAUGGGCAAAAGCCAUUAUAUCGAUUUUUAGCUUGUUUAACCCUCUGGCUGUUAUCAGAGCUGCAGGCCCAUGGGGUCCAGGAUUGGUGAACAGAUUCCGCCCUGAUUUUAAAAGAAAAUUUGAGGACCUUUUUGAUGAUGACACAAUGACACAGUAUAUUUACCACUGUAAUGCACAGACUCCAAGUGGGGAGGUUGGUUUCCGGGCCAUGUCAGAAACACUGGGCUGGGCAAAGAGGCCCAUGCUGCAGCGAGUAAAUCUGCUGUCCCCUUCCAUGCCUGUCACCAUGCUGUACGGGGCUCGGUCCUGGGUGGACAGCUCAUCUGGGGACAGAGCAGCCGAGAUUAGGUGCAAGGCCUACACCAAAGUACUGCUGAUAGAUAACGCCUCACACCAUGUGUAUGCUGAUGAACCAGAAGUCUUCAACAAGGUGGUGGAAAACAUAUGUAAAUCUGUGGACUGAAGGCGUGUUUUUGCAUCUCCAAAGAACCUAUGAUUCUGCGCUGUAUCUGCAGAAGCCAUCAUGGCGAAUCCAGCCCUGCAGCCUCAGCAUGUCAAACAGUCUAAAUGAUUUGAGGCUUUUGUAGAUAUAUUAUGUGUCUGAAAGUAAAUCUGCUCUUUUUUUAAAUUGUUAUAAAUCUUUUUUUUUUUUUUCACUCCCAGUUAAUGGACGAUGUUUGUAAUUUGACAAAUAUGUAUUUAUUACACGAUUUAAUCAUUAAUGUCAUCCCACUGACAGUUAGCCAAAUGUAUUUGUCCAGCACUUAAAACUGUGGUAAGGUUGACUUUAUGGUUAACACAAAGCGACAUAGAUUCAUAUCUUAAGAUGCCUGUGUUUUAUUUAUUCCUGAGCUGCCAGAUAAGCUUGUGAUUCCCACUUUAUUUUGUGCCUGGAAGGGUCAUCUUCAGUUGCCUUCUAAGUCUCCUUUACUGUUUCAUCUUAUCACAGUCAUAUUUCAUACCCUAAGAAUGUUUCCCAACCACUUAUCAGUCAUGUACUACAUUUCCCUACCAGUAGAGGUCAGUACUCAUUUCUUUUGGGAUCUGAUAGAUUUGUUUCUUCUUAGCAAAAGUAAUAAAAAUGAGCACCCUGUAUUAGUCAGUUCAUUGAAAUAUUUGUAUAUUUAAUACUGUAUUUGGCCUUAACUUUGAUGAGAUAAUAGACUGAGUAUUUGAGCAAUAACAUUUUGCACGGAAUCUAGAGGGGAAGAGUGGCAAGAAGGACGCCAUUGACAAAAUAGUAAAAGAGAUCCUAUUUAUAGUUUGCAAUAAACCAUGUUGGGGACAUUAAUCACUGCACAUCAACCCAUAAACAUGCAAUUUCAUAUCGACAGCAGCAAGAUGCUGCUACUGUAAAGACUUUUUUUCUGUGAUGUAUUUUAGGAUCUUGAGGUUUACCUUUCAGGGUAAACUUACUUAGAUGUUCAAACCUGUUUACAGUUGUUUUGAAUGGACUUCACCUAAAGACAUUGUGUACAUUGGAAUGGAUGAUUUCCUUUUUUUUUUUUGACCUGUUUAAAUCUGUACCUGGCUCAUAAACGUCUACACUUUCCUGAACUGCUCAGACAUGUUUUUGUAUGUUACCAUGGUGUUCAAAAUUACAACCUUAUAUAUUGUA